AUGUGGCCCUUGUCGCUGCUCUCCUCGUGCGGCCAAGAUGCCUGCGCUCCGCCCAGCAGCGUCACGACGGCCGCGCUGCUGUCGGCGCUGCCCUUUGCCGCCGUCUUCGUCGCGGCAAACACCGUCGCCGUGCGCCUCGUCUUCCCGAAGCUGAGCGCCGCGGCGCACGACGAGAUGCGCGACGGCGAGGGCCACGUCCUGCCGGCGCACGCGCCCGCAGCGCUGCGCCAGGUGCACGCCGAGCACGGCUCCAAGGGCUGGCGGCGGCGAGGCGCGGCCUGGGCCUUUGGCACGACGGUCGGGCUGGCGGCGACGCUGGGCGCGCUCAUCAUGGCCGAGAUCGUCGAGGCGGUCGAUGCGGCGGCGCGCACCCUGGCGCUGCGCGUGACGGUGCCGGCGCUGCUGUUCAUGCUGGUGGUGCUGGUGCCGUGGCUGGAGUGCCGGUCGCUGGUGGCCAGCGCGGGCUGGAGCUUCCAGCCGACGGCCAGGGGGCGCGUGCCGCGCAUGGCGCUGGGGCUGCAGGCGCUGCUCUUUGGCGGCUGGCUGUUUGCCUUUUGGUCCAUGGGCAGCGUCGUGCCGCGCGCCGAGAUUGUGCUGCGGUCGCCGCCGCCGCCGGGCGAUGGCAGGGCCAGGGGCACCGUGGGCGAGGACCUGACGCGGGCGUGUCUGGAGCGGAUCGGCGUGGUGGGCAUCUCGCUCAUGGCGCUGCUGUCGGGCUUUGCGUCGGUGUCGGCGCCGUGGCACACGUUGAGCAGUGCCGAGCUGCGGAGGCGGAGGCCCCUGACCGAGGCGGACCUGAACCGCAAGCAGACGGGGCUGGACGCGACGAACGAGAUGCUCGUCACCAAGAAGCACCGGCUGCACUAUCUGGAGAGGAAGGUUGCCGAGGACGCUGCCGCCAAGGAGGGCAGGUCGGGCGGGCUCGUUGGGCUCGUCAUGGGGUCGAUCCGCGGCCAGUCGGGCGAGCAGCUGGAGAUGCAGACGCUGCGCAUGGAGAUUGCCGGCCUGGAGGCCAUGGAGGCGAACCUGUCGUCCAACCUGCUGCUAAUGAAGAGCCAGCGCGCGGCCUCGGCCCGGGCCUCGACCACGCUGGGCCGCCUCCUGCUCGUGCCGUCGUACCUGUUCAGCGCCUACUGCGUGUACCGCAUCCUGGCCACGUCGCUGACGACGCUGCGGCGCGCAUCGUCGCCCUCGGCCAGCUUCGCCAGCAGCGACCCCAUCAACCGCUUCCUGGGCCUGCUGGCGCGCCACUGGGACCCGAAGCUGGACCAGAUGGCCUGGGCGCGCCUCAUCAGCUUCGCCCUCAGCGGCGUCAUCCUCGUCGCCAGCGCAAACAGCGCCGUCCAGACGUUCCACCUGUUUGCCAAGUGGACGCCGGGCCUGCUGCGCCACGCGCAGGCCAACCUCGCGCUGGCCGUGGGCCAGGUCAUUGCGACGUAUGUCAUCUCGGCCAGUCUGUUGCUGCGAAGCCAGCUGCCCAGCGAGGCGAGGAGUGCCGUGGGGGGCGUGCUGAGGGGGGCGCUGACGCCGGCCUUUGUCGAUGGCUGGUUUGAAGGCUGGUUCUUGCUGGGGAGCGUCGUGACGGCCUUUGGCAUCUGGGUUGGGAGGAAGAUUGGCGCGGCGGAGGAGGGGUGGGAUGAUUAUGGGAUGGAGGAGAUGGGAGCCAAGAGGUCGUGA